CUUAAUAAUAUAUGUAGGUCUCAUGUAAGUAAUUUAACUUAGCCUCAAGGUUGAAUAAUGCUUAUUCCCUUUUGACGCACGUUAACCGUUAAAUUUUUCCGUAAAUCAUUUUAAUAGGUUUGCCAUUCGAUUAAGUGAAAAUUUUUAUCAACUUUUUGAUUAAUAUUUCGCCUUUGGGAUCCCUAAUGCAUGCAUUACUGCCCUUUGGUCAUGUCUGUCAAAUGUAUAUAAGCUUUUAGUUGCCCCUGGAUCAAUAAAAUUAUUGUUGUACCUCUUUUACUUCUAAUUCUUUAGUCAAAACUCACCCACUUAGUCACUCCUUUAAACAAAUUUACACUCGCUUUUAUUUAUAAUGUACGCUCCUUCAACUUUAUUAGUCGCUUCUACUUUAGCUGCUACUGUUUUAGCUGGUUUUUCAAAUUCUACCACUACUGUCACUACUGAAGUUAUUGUUACUGACUUUACUACUUACUGUCCUUACUCUACUGAAUUAGUUAUUACUACUUGUGAUUCUGAAGAAUCAGUUUGUGCUGCUACCACUGUUACUGUUACUGAAGCUACUACUUUAACUAUUACUGAACCAUGUUUAGUUUCUACUACUUACGUUCCAACUGGUAUUGAAUCUUCAUCAGGUUCUGAAUUAUAUACUACUAUCUAUGAAACUAGAACUUGUACUGAAUGUCCACCAGCUGUUUUAACUUCUGCUGCUAGCUCCACUACUCCAGUUAUUGAAGUUGUAUCUUCUGCUGUCAACACUACUUCUCCAGCUGUUGCUACUUAUGAAGCUGGUGCCAAUAAGAAUGUUGCUGGUGCUUUCGUUGGUUUAGCUGCUGUUGCUGCUGCUGCUUUAUUAUAAGCAAUUUAGCCCUAUACUACAGCUAGCUUAACCACUUUUUUUUUCAGUAAGGUUUAAAUCUUUUCCUAGGAUUACUAUACUUUGUUUCGGUUACAUACAUGCAUGUAUGUUACAACUUAUUCCUGACAAUAUCCCAUUUAAAUGACUUUUUCAUUAAAGCUGUUAUGAGAUAUAAGUCGCACCCUUUCGAUUUGCAUUAUGCAAAGGAUAUUUCGUUACUUUUCGGUACUUUGUACUUUUCGUUACUAUUCGUUACUUCAAAUAUGGAUUAUUAUUAUUAUUAUUAUUAUUAGUAUUAUUAUGAUUUUUUACACCCCCUUUCUCUUUUUGUAUUAUUCUACAUAUCUGUAUACA